CUAGUUGAUUCCAAAAUGGUGGCCGUUUGUUGUGCUAUAUUGAGUGGUUUGUGAAAUUAUUUCCCAUAGAUGAAUUUCAACUUGUAAAUGACUUAAUUGUUCCAAUUAGAUUGGAAAUAUGGAUGAAAAAGAGGAUUUUGCUGAAAAAUGCAAUAAGGGUGUCACCGAUGAAUCUGGAGACACCCCAGCAGUUAAUAAGUCUGAUGUUGAGAAAGCUAAAAAAGACCAUGGGCCUGGUGAUCCAAGUAUGAGUGAUGAUAGCUGUGGUGAUGUCAAAUCGUCUGAGAAAGAACCUGUAUCUAAUACAAAUAAUAUGGAUUCAGAAGAUUCUACAGUGCAAAAUCAUGUGGACCGUGAAAGCAAUGUUGAUGAAAGUACUAAAGAAAAAGUACAUAUUGAACCUAGUGAAAUUGAAGGCCAGGUGACCCCUAAAAUAAAAGAUAACCAAUCUGAAGAGCAAGAACCCAAGGAACUAUUGACUACUGAAUCAACAAGUAAGAAAGCCAGUGGAGACAUGACCUCAGAAGAAGACAAUCCUGAACAAUCUUGUUGUUUGUCUGGCAAACUGGAUGAUACUACUAAAAAAACAGAUGAGGUGUCCGAUAAGACAGAAGAAACCCUGAAUAAACUGAAUGAAUCUUCUGAUAAAUUGGAUGAAACCCCUGAUAAUAGGGAAGUAACCUCAGAUACUUUGAGAGACAACACUGAUAAAGUGGAUGAAUUUAAAAAACUGGAAGAAACCUUGGAAAAAUUAGAUGGAACUUCAGAAAAACCAGAUAAGGUUUCUAAAAAGGUAGACUAUUCUUCUGAUAAACUGGACGAUGUCUCCAGAAAAAUUGAUGAAUUUUAUGAAGAAUUAGAAUCUUCCUCAAGACGAGAUGAAUCAGAAAAUAAUGACGAGGAAGCUACAAAACAGGAUAAAUCCAUCAAACCAGACAAUUCUAAACAUAUUGAUGAAUCUCCUAACAAACUUAAAGAACCUUCUGGGAAAAAGAAAGGAGAUAAAAAAGAUGAUGAAGUGAGUAAACCGGAAUUCGAGACUGCUCCUAAUAUUUCAUUAGAUGAUUCACAGGAGGACCACACUCAGGCAUUGGACCCAUUUGACGCUCUACUGAAGGACCGAACUGAACCCAGUUUAGAAACAAGUGAUGCUGCUACUGGAACCCAAACGAACGCUCCGGGCGAUGAUGAUGACGAUGACCAUAACGCUGAUGGCGACGUCGGUCACGACGACGACGAGCAUCCGGCAGAAGAUCAUUCUGAAGGGACAGAUCUGGUUGGAGAACCUGGGGCUGAUGAGGAGGUGUGUCUUCUACCAGACACAGAGAGGGAGAUAUCAGAAGCAGAUAAGGCAGCGGCUGAGAAAGUCUUAGCAGAGAAAAGAAAACAAGCUGAAGCUGCUGCUGCUGCUUUGGCGUUGGAGCCUACAGUGCCCAAAAAGGAGAAUGAAACUAUGGACAUCUCACAAACAGACGAUCAAACUAAUACUGAAGAUGUGGGUGAACACAUGGACGUGGAUCCAGCAGCCGAAGAUCCAUCACAUGAAAAUGGUGGGGAUAAAGAAAAUGAAGGUGACGAAACAAUGGAAUCUGAAGAAACCUUAGUACCAAAUACCAUACAGGAGAUUAGCCCAGUCGAACAGACAUGCAUACAGUGCAAUAAUGAACUACCUUGCAUAUAUAGGUUUGUCACCAAAGAUAAUGAAAACAGCUAUGUUUGUGGAGAAGAAUGUUUAAAAGCAUACCAAGCUGACAAUCCUGCACAAUACACCAUCACAACUAAGAAAUACCUUAUUGAAGAAAUAUUACCCAAACAGCUGACAUGUUCUGAGUGCGAGGAAAAGAAGGUGUGCUACUUCUAUUAUAAUUACGAUGGAGAAGACACAAAUUACUGCUCAUUAACUUGCUUGCACAGCAUGAUGGCAGAUGAAAAAGACAAAUACGUAUUUAAAAGACGAAAAAUACUCGUGGAGGAAAUUUCAACUCCUGUGGAUGAUAUUGAGUGCAUAGUGUGCAAUGAAACUAAAAAGUGUUAUUAUACUUUAAUCCGUUAUGGGGAGCAACACCAUAUUUGCGAGCAGCCUUGCAUUAAAUCUUUAAAUACGGAAGAAGGUGGGCGAUACAUAAUUAAAAAGAAAAGGAUUCCUCGUAAAGUAAAUACAUCUCAGACUAAUCCUCCACUGCUUAAAUUGAAAGUGAUAAGUAACGCUACUGAUAAAUAUUUAGAUGAAGCUUACAAAAUUCAGGCGAAGACGCCCGCUAUGGUACAGGCAGCCAGGGAGGAAAGAGAACGUACAUUCAUACGUAGAUGCACACAAUGUGCACUCAUUCUUGAAAUGGACGAUAAGAUGCUAACUUGGGAGACAAUGGAUUUCUGCAACGAAGUCUGCUUGGGACGAUACCAGAACAAAAUCGGGGCUAGAUGUGCGAAUUGCAAGAAUAACGUGCAGCAUACAAGCUUAGGGAAAUAUUGCGUCAGAUUUGGUUACGAUAUUCGCCAGUUUUGUAAUUCUGGAUGUUUGGAAGAAUUUAAAAAGGGUUUAAAGAUUUGUUGCUACUGUCAGAGAGAUAUUUCAGCAGGACACCAAGGCUUCCUGGCGCCUGUCGGUGACAAGGGUCAAUUUAAGGACUUCUGUUCUCAAACAUGCAUGGAAAAGUUUGAUAUAAUGAGUAAGAACCCGAUUCCACAACCAAUUUGGGCUAAAUGUGCUGUCUGUUCGUUAGAAAAGGCAACUACCAUAGAAGUAGAAGUGAGUGAAGAUGCUACACAAAGACUAUGCUCAGAUCCAUGCUUUGCUGCUUUCAAAUUUGUCAACAACAUUUUCCCAGAUCAAUGCCGUUGGUGCAAGAGAUAUUUCGAAAGGCGACAAAAUAAAUGUUUCACCAUUUACGACAACGCAAGCCCUCAGUGCUUCUGCUCUAAAUCGUGUAUGAAUGUCUUUAUAAGUAAUUCACGUCAUAUAGUCCCUUGCAACUGGUGCAAAGUGAAGAAGUAUAACUUCGACAUGAUCCGGCGAACGCAGGCUAAUGGACAAGUUGUCAUGAUGUGCUCACUUAACUGUCUCAACUUAUACCAAGUUUCAGUAAAUGCUGUAUCGUCAAGGAGGACGAAGUGCGACAUGUGCAAGCGGACAUCAUUGGCUCAGUAUCAUCUCACAAUGUCCGAUGCUACAGUGCGCAAUUUCUGCACGUAUCAGUGCGUCAUGUCAUUUCAGGGCCAAUAUUCUAAGCACACGCCAGCACUUAUGCCUGGCGAAGGCAUUGAACAACAGAAGGCUGUUCCUACGGGCGUCCCACGACGUACAUAUGCGGCGAACAAAAAUGCGGGGCAAAAGGGUACGCAGCGUUCUGGCAUGCCGGUCAUCUCGAACGUACAAUCACUGGCUGCGCCGCCACCUCUCUUACCGUCAAUGACGCGAGCCAAAUCCAAGCGCCUACAGCAAGCUCCACAGGAACCGGAGCCGCCAGCUGCUCCUAAAACUCCUCCACCACCACCUAAACCGCCGACGCCACCGCCGCCACCUCCGCCAAAGAUAUACAACCAUGUCAUCGUCAAAACUUUACCUCCGCAAGAAGUGGCAAACAAAGGAACUAUGUCUAAACCGCAGAUGGUCUCAAAAGGAGUAUCUUGUCGUCCUCACCCAUGCACAAAAGAAUGUCAGACCGACCCGAGCUUGGAACGUAGGGUCCUAAUUCCAAUUCCAGUUCCAAUAUACGUCCCAGUACCCUGCGCCAUGUGGUCCCUGCCGUUCCCUGUCCCAAUACCUAUACCGCUCCCGAUACCAACUCCAGUGUUUAUUCCCACUACUAGGAAUUCUGCUAAAGGAAUAAUGAAGGAGAUCAAUAAGAUCCACGAUAAGAUGCCUACAGAUCCAUUCGAAGCAGAACUACUCAUGAUGGCGGAAAUGGUUGCCGGUGAUAAGAAAAAAGAUCAAAGUGACUCAGAUACAGAUGACGACAACGAGGAGAGCUUCAGUCCUGUAGGUGGCAUGGAUGGGAAUAACGCUUUUGGCGAGGAUAUGCUCCAAAUGGCACUGAAGAUGGCGACAGAAUACGAAGACCAACCAGUAGACUUGGAGUCAGCCAUGACAGCUAACACAAUCACCCCCAGCUCACAUCCAGGAAUGCCUGGUUUAGAGGGCGAAGGUAUGCACCACCACCACAUGAUGGUAUUGGAGCAACAACGAGCGGUUGCCGCAUUACGGGCGUCGUCAGCGACGGCAGCGGUGGCCCGCAAGCGCGCGGUGCCACCGCCGGCUGCGACGCGGCAGCCCUCGCGCUCUAAGCGCAGCCGCCGGUCUGAGCCGCCCCCGCCGCCACAGCCGGAGCCACCGCGAGAACCCGUUGAAAAACCCGAUGCUAACAUGUGUUUGAAGUACACAUUCGGCGUAAACGCUUGGAAGCAAUGGGUAAUGACGAAGAAUGCUGAAAUUGAGAAAAGCUCGACACGGCGGAAGCCAUUCAAGUCAGAAAUACUACAGUUAACGGCGGAUGAGCUCAAUUACUCACUUUGCCUCUUCGUUAAGGAGGUUCGGAAACCUAACGGUAGUGAAUAUGCUCCGGACACUAUUUACUACCUGGUACUAGGCAUACAACAAUACUUAUUUGAGAAUGGCCGCAUAGACAACAUAUUUACAGAUCCAUACUAUGAAAAAUUCACAGAUUGUUUAGACGAAGUUGCAAGGAAGUUCUCCGUCUUAUACAAUGAUUCUCAGUACAUAGUGACCCGAGUAGAAGAGGAACACCUUUGGGAAAGCAAACAACUCGGCGCUCAUUCACCACACGUCCUGCUAUCUACACUGAUGUUCUUCAAUACUAAACACUUCAAUCUUGUGACUGUUGAAGAGCAUAUGCAACUAUCGUUCUCGCACAUAAUGAAGCAUUGGAAGCGUAAUCCGAACCAACCUGGACAAGCCAAGAUACCCGGAUCUCGGAACGUGUUACUGCGUUUCUAUCCGCCGCAAUCUGCUCUAGAAGCAAACUCGCGGAAAAAGAAGGUUUACGAACAACAAGAAAAUGAAGAGAACCCGCUUCGCUGCCCCGUGAAACUUUACGAAUUCUAUAUUUCAAAAUGUCCGGAAUCGGUGCGCACGCGUAACGACGUGUUCUACCUGCAACCGGAGAGGUCGUGCGUGCCGGACUCUCCAGUGUGGUAUUCCACGCAGCCACUCAGCCGCGCCGCGCUCGCCAAGAUGCUGCACCGCGUCAAGAUGGUCAAAGAAAUCAACAUAGCGUUGCUCACAAGUUAAGAUCUCAAUGGGACUUGGACUUCAAACUACACAAAUUAAUGCAGAUUUUGUGGCUUGCCCCUUAGCUGUAUUUUAUUUUAAAUACUGAUAUGAUGUGCACUGGUCAAGAUUCGCUCGUGUUGUAUAGAUGGUAACAGUGUAUAUUUUCUACUUUGUAUAUCAGUCUUAAGAUACAGACGAUGAAGAACAUUGAUGUUUAAAAUAUAUGAUAUAUAUAUUAUGUAUUAGAUUAUUUUUUACCGAGUUACAAUGAUGUAAGCAUAAGCUUUAUUGUGCAUUGGACUGUUGUACAGUUAAUAUUACCAUCUCUUAACAGUCUUAAACAUGUUCGUAACUUUUUCUUUUUAAUGUAUAAUAAAAAUGAAAUCUAAUCGAGCCAAUAUUUCAAAAACUUAAGUUUUUUGUAGAUCUUAAAAUUAUGGUAGGUAAAAUAUUUGUCGUGAGUACACGUUUUUAUUUAUCGACUACUAUUUAAAUUGAUGUUACGAGGACGGGUUGUGCAAAACUUCAGUGAUAUAAAUGUAUGUUGAAUCGAUAUCGUAUUUGGUAUGUAUGUAAUGAGGUGUUGGAUGGUUACAGCCCCAGUCAUAUAGCGCGGUUGUUUUAGAAACUGUAACCGCCGUUUUAGUACCGGCGGCAUUAGAAGUUAUGCAGCCCGUUCUCUUCUUUGUCAUCAGUGCCAGGGCAUGGUUAUUACAUUUAUAUAUGUAAUAUUCAAAUAUGUAUUAUUAAACAGGAUAGUUGUAAGCUAAAAAAGAUUCCAAGAUUUUUAGUCGAAACUGCACUCUGUUAUAGUAGCAAAUAUUUUGAUUUUUCUAAAGUAAUAUAAUAUUACAAUAUUCUCACACAUGGAAAAUUCUAUUAUAACUAAUAUUAGUGUAGUAACAGAGUCAGAAGCGUAUUGUAUUUUUAAGUAUAAUUUUGUCUACAGUAAGGUUUAGGUUAUUGAUGUGUAAAAAGAAUACUGAUUCUCUUA